UACGUGUUGUCUACUUUGACGACGAGUCGACGACACAAAGAGAGGAUAUCCGUAGGUCUCGAUGUUCGACAACACGAGGGAGGAGCGUUCCAUCCCCAGAUCGUUUUCGUCAUCCGUGCGGCAAAUCAAAACAUUUUGGGAUAAGAGGAAUGACCGGAUCCGUCCUCUAGGCACCGUGUCCCCGAAUGACGUUGAGGGAAUGAAACGGAAAAAGAAGUGGGAAACGUUCAUGAACGGCGCCUGCAAAAUGACACCUGAUUCCGGCCUCAUGAACUCGUCCCUGGAGAACGACUACUGCAAGGACUGGACGAACAAGAUGCGCGGAUACAUGAAUCUUGCGCAGUGCGGCGAGAUGGUAUGGCCACUAGUAGAGAAAUUCUUUGACAUGUACGAGAAAGGGUUAUUGCCAAGAAUCGACGGUGUGAGAUACAUCGAUCUGCCGGGGAAAGUGGAAGGGAGGUUGCCUGGGCAAUACUUCCUCAAGGACCACUCCGGCAGAAAAGUCAUGUACCACUGCAUCAAGGCCAAAAAGGGGUCGCAAGGCGCAACGCUGUCUAUACCGGACUUGACGCCCUCAAUCUUCAAGUUGUUUGACGAUAUAACAGCGAGAGAGAAGCAAGUGGUGCUUCGCCACAUGAUGCUUGGUGAUGUCAUCGUGACAUCACGUACGGUACCUCGUGGUAGAUGCAACAUGGCGGACCUGGUAAAAUAUACUCGGCGUGAAAGAUAUAUGGUCAGUAUGUUCAACUACAUAUUGUUCACGGUCGAGGGGAGGUCAAAGGAAGAGUGGACCGCUGACUUCUUCAUCGGUUAUACGACCAUCUUGGAGAGGUACAGCAAAAACGGCCUCACUGACGAGAAAUGGACCGAGGAAUGCGACCGCAUCCCUGACGACAAGGCGAGGAAGGUGCCGAGGCGUUUGGGCGGUCCUGAUGAGAUUAAUGGCGAGAACGGUGCGGGGCUGGAGGCAACCCAAGCCAUGUACAAGGAAACCAACACUGAAUUCGUGAAAACCUAACAAAACCACAAAACCUAACAUUUUUUAUAGAAUGAAAAAGUAAAAAUCAA